AUAAAACUUAAAUAGAUUUAAAAUGACAUCAGCUUUUCAACAACAAGCAUUUGCCUUAGAUGCAAGGUACAAUGCUCACAGAGCAACUAACAGCCCAACAUUUCGUACAUUGUAUAUACGAAGAAGAAGUCAGCUUUUAAGAGAAGAAGAAAGAAGCCCUGAAGCUUGGAAGCAGUACUUACAAACACGCUCCCAACUUUUACAACAAAGAUAUGGCUGUCCUCUAGAUGUGAAUAGUAAUUCUAACAUUCCCAGUAAUCAGUCUAGAGGAAGUAUUUCAUUUAUCGAAUUUCACGCUCCUGUGCUUUCAGAGAAAGGAAAACUUGUUCCCACAAAACAGGCUGAAGCUUCUCGAGCCAUGGUAGGAGGCAAUACUAUUGCCGAAAACUAUGCUUUUGUUGGAGUACAUUAUAUUUUUGAUCAACAUACAAAGCCUGUAACAAUGGUAAAGUUUGCGAAUAAUGAUCGUUCUAGACUAUGUUGUUCUUCUGAAGAUGGAACUUUGUCUAUAUGCUCUGUUAUGAGCAGUCCUCCAUGUGUAUUGGUAAUGCUAAAAGGACAUUCAAAGGGAGUUACAUGUUUCGAUUGGUCAGCUGGAAAUGAUCUUAUAGCAAGCUCUUCUGAAGAUACAACCAUUAAACUAUGGAGCGUUGUUAGUGGCACAUGUUUAAGAACUAUAUUGGACCCGCAUAAUUGUGCAUUGCUUUGUUGUCUCUAUCAACCAGUAAAUAACAAUUUAUUGGUAACAGGAAAUAAGAGUGGGGAUGUUCGAAUAGCCAAUGUAUCGACGGGACUGUUCAUGAAAAACUCAUGUCGUGUUGGUGGAAAAAUACUGAGUUUAGCUUUCGACCCUUAUGGAAAGAACAUUUGGGUGGGAAAUGAUAGAGGCGAAAUAAUAUCGGCCUUUUGCGAUAUACAAGGUGAAUUGAGACGUACAAGGCGCAUUUUAGUUAGCAGCAACUGCAAUAUAACGAGCUUGAGCCAUAGAGCUUGGAUAAGUCGGGAAGCUAGAGACCCCAUGAUACUUGUUAAUAGCUCAGACGAUUCGCUGUGUCUUUAUAAGGUGAUCGACAGAGAAGGAGGUCUCUUUCCUAGACGAAAAUUUCACAAUAAACACCAAAAGUAUACUAUUAAAUCCACGUUUUGCCCCAUCAUGUCCUUUAGGCAAGGAGCUUGCGUGGUAACGGGAAGCGAAGACGGUUGUAUCUAUUUUAUCGAUAUCGAAAAACCUGCUAAUCGGGCGAUAUUCAACACCCUACAAGGACAUUCCAGUCCAGUAUUGUCAGUGAAUUUCAAUUAUGACGAAUCUCUGCUUGCAAGUAGUGAUUUGGAAGGAUUGGUGAUCAUAUGGAAAAGGGCCCAACCUUCAUAGUGCAGUUAAAUCAAAUGGAGAAUGAAUGUAAGUUUAAUUUCUUCUAUAAAGCAAAAAAUAAGUUAUUAUUAAACGACAAAAAUAUGUACUUAAUUAAAACGAAACGUUAAUUACUAAAU